UUAUCAAUAAAAAGAAUUUGUAGUUUUCUCUUUGUGCUUCGAUGAGGACUGGCAUAAGAAAUGGAGAAAGAAGAAUUGGUCGCGACAUUUCUCCUUACUAGUUUCUCCUCCAAAAUUGCUCGGAAUCCUAAUAUCCACAGUUCGAAGCGCUGUUUUAGCUGCUUCACUCCCCGUUGAGAUCUGACGACUUCCCUUGACUCUGGAUUUUCCCUUCGUUUUCUCCCAAAUUCGAGAGCCGCUGAAUCUCCUGCAUAUAAGAGCAUGUGCUGUGGAUUUGAGCAGCUAAAGUACACACUGUCUCCAAUCACUGUCUUGUAUUUGUUUAGCUCCACGGAACUUAGAAGCUGAAAAAUGAAUCACUUGACUACUGAGACUGAAGAUGCUUUUGUAAGCUUGCUUGAGUUUGCAGCUAAUAAUGAUGUUGAGGGUUUUGAACGACUGAUUGAGCGUGAUCCAUCCUGUGUCCAUGAGGCUGGACUAUGGUAUGGUCGUGGAAAGGGUUCAAAACCUAUGGUCAACGAGCAGAGAACCCCUUUGAUGGUUGCUGCCACUUAUGGUAGCAUUGGUGUCGUGAAGCUGAUUCUAUCACUAUCCAAUGCUAACAUAAAUCGUCCCUGUGGCCUUGACAAGAGCACUGCACUUCAUUGUGCUGCGUCAGGUGGAGCUGCUAAUGCGGUUGAUGUUGUAAAAUUGCUCUUAUCAGCAGGUGCUGAUCCAAGUUCCGUGGAUGCCAAUGGUCACCGUCCAGUUGACGUUAUUGUUGUUCCUCCCAAGCUUGAUCAUGUCAAAAGCAGUCUUGAAGAACUUCUUCGAACUGAUGACUCCAUAGCAGGGUUUAAUCUUAGGGUUAACACAACCACAUCAAAAGCUGAAUCGCCACCUUUAUCAACUUCACCAGAGAAUGAGUCUCCAUCUUCUGCACUAGAUGCCCUCUUGAAGUCAAAGUCAAAUGACGCUCCUGUUUUUCAUGCACCAGAGAAGAAAGAAUAUCCUGUUGAUCCAUCUCUUCCAGACAUCAAGAACAGCAUAUAUGCAACUGAUGAAUUCCGAAUGUAUUCUUUCAAGGUUCGGCCUUGUUCACGUGCUUAUUCCCAUGAUUGGACUGAAUGUCCUUUUGUCCAUCCGGGAGAAAAUGCCCGGAGAAGGGACCCAAGGAAGUUCCACUAUAGCUGUGUUCCUUGUCCUGAAUUUCGGAAGGGGGCUUGCCGACGUGGCGAUAUGUGUGAGUAUGCACAUGGAGUUUUUGAGUGUUGGCUACAUCCAGCCCAAUAUCGAACCCGCCUCUGCAAGGAUGGAACAAAUUGCAAUAGAAGAGUUUGUUUCUUUGCCCAUACUGCUGAGGAGCUUCGGUCUCUACAUGUUUCAACUGGUUCUGCUGUUCCCUCUCCUCGUUCAAGCACACCUGCCAUGGAUUUUGCUGCAGCUAUGAGCCUGUUGCCUGGCUCCCCUUCCUCUAUGUCUGUCAUUUCCCCUUCACCAUUCACUUCGCCCAUGUCUCCUUCUGCCAAUGGCAUGCCAUACUCUUCAGCUGCUUGGUCACAAGCCAAUGUCCCAUCUUUGCACUUGCCUGGAAGUAAUCUUCAUUGCAGUCAUUUGAGAUCCUCGCAUAAUGCUAGAGAUAUUCCUGUGGAAGACUUGGAUUUGUUGUCAGAAUAUGAGGUUCAGCAACAACAGCUCCUUAAUGAGUUGUCUUGCCUUCCUCAACAACCAAUGAAUUCUAAUAGCAUGAAUCAGCCAGUUCGUAUGAAGACCUUGACCCAUUCAAAUCUCGAUGAUCUAUUUUCUGCUGAGAACUCUUCCCCUCGAUUUGCUGAUCCAGCAAUGGCCUCAAGUGUUUACUCCCCAACCCACAAAUCUGCUGUUCUUAAUCAAUUUCAGCAGCAGCAAAGCUUGCUAUCACCUGUCAAUACAAAAUUUCCUUCCAAGAAUGCUGACCAUCCUUUAUUGCAGACUUCUUUUGCCGUUCAGUCGUCAGGAAGGAUGUCACCACGCAAAGUGGAACCUAUUUCACCGAUGAGCUCCAGAAUUUCUAUGCUAGCUCAACGUGAGAAGCUGCAACAAUUCCGUAGCCUUAGCUCUCGGGAACUUGGCUCCAGCUCUGCGGCUGCUGUUGCUGGUUCCUCAAUCAAUUCUUGGUCCAACUGGGGUUCCCCGAACGGUAAGUUGGAUUGGGCCGUCAGCACCGAUGACAUGGGUAAAUUCCAUAGAUCUUCUUCAUUUGAGCUUGGGCACAAUGGCGAGGAACCUGACCUAUCAUGGGUACAGUCUUUAGUCAAAGAACCUCCAGGUGAGAUUAAAGAGCCGGCCGCUAGUGUCCCAGGCAUGGCAGUGGCCGGAACCUCGGCCGACGGAUCAAAUGUUAGUGCGCAAAUCGAACCUGUGGAUCAUGCGGUAUUGGGGGCAUGGCUUGAACAAAUGCAGCUUGAUCAUCUUGUGGCUCAGCAAAACUGAAAUGACUUUUCCUGACCCAGAGGUAGAUGACCGAAAAUUUUCAGUAAAUAGUACUAUAUUUCUUCUUUUUGAAAUUUUGUUGGUGUUGGAAGAAGAUAAACAAUAACUGUGGAAGUAAGCAGGAAUAAUAGAAGUUCCCGAGGAAAUUCAUUUUCCAAAUUUGUUGCUACAGAGUUAAAGUAGAAGACUCAACCACCGGGAGGCAUUCAGACAAGAUUAAUGAUCUCCAUGUUACGAUUUUUUGGCUGCGGAUCUUUUCAAAAGAAGCUCAUCUCCCUGUCAUUUUUUUCCUUCAUUGAUCAGCAACGUUAUAUUAAAUUAAAUCGAAGUCCUAUUCCUAAACCCUGAGUUUGGUCCGUAUUUUUCUUUAUUCCCAAGUAUUCUGGGGGCAGGAAACAUAAUUAGUGGGGUCCUAGAGGGUAAGCUCUGAGACUCCGUACUGGUCCAGUUUUGGGGAAGAAAAUACAGCAUGCUGGUUAUGGUAAUUCUCAUUUUGUGUGGGAUCAAUUUUUGUGGAUUAUUGGGAAGUGUGUAAAUUAGGGAUGUUGAAGGACCGAACCUUUAGUCACGUAAACAUUCAAUUAAAGUUUAUUGAUAUAUUAUUCUAAUACUCUA